GAGAGGAGGGCGCAGUUUGGCGACGGGGAUCAAAUACUAUUUUAAUCUGGUGAGCGGCCACCGCGGCCGGGCACACACCAGUCACCAGUCGUGCGGCCGACGCCACACGGACGGCACGGCUCACGCCGUGCUGCAGCUUCGGACCCAGACGCCCCCUGAGCACCUCCAGCAACGCCCCACAACAAGCAGGUUCCUGAACGAGAGAAAACCAGAAAGCAGUGACAAAAUGGAAGUAACUCCCACAGGAAACGUCGUCUCCAAGGAACAUUCCUCCAGCAUGGAAGCUUCCUCUUCGGAGGAGCGCCGCCAGGUGGGCGGCCGGCAGAUCCUGGAGAAGAAGAGCAGCGUGGAGCAGAGCGAGAGCUCGCACGUGGUAGAGGCGAGCAGCUCCACGCGCCGCCUCGAGAGCUCCAGCGUCAUCCAGUCGUCCGUGUCCAGCGUCUCCUCCUCCGUGUCCUCCCAGAAGGUGGUCUCCUCCUCCUCCGUGGGCAUCGAGUCCAGCCAGGACGAGCCCCUGGACGACAACGGCAACCAAGUGGCUGAGGCGCCGCCGCCGCAGCAGCAGCAGCCGCCAGCAGUCACCAGCUACUCCAGGGAGGUCACGCAGGAGAGCUUCGUCCGCGAGCAGGACGGACAGGUCGUCGAACAGCACUCGUCAGUAUCGCAGCAGGAAUCCAGCAGCGGUGGUGGUGACGAGGGUGGGGGAGGGGGAGGAGGCGGCGAGAAGGAGAAGACGGUGCAGCUGGAGCUGGAGGCGCCGCCGCUGUCGCCGCCCGCCGCCGGCGAGCCGGACCAGCCCCGCCAGGAGGCUCAGCAGCUGGAAGCUCAGCAGCCGGACCAGCAGACUCCUCAGCAGCCAGAGCAGGAGGCGCCGCCCCAGGAUCAGCAGCCGGAGCAGGCGCCUCCCCAGCCAGAGUCGCAGCCCGCAGAGAUCCACCAGGAGAGCAUCAAGAACACGCUCAAGGAGAUCAUCUCGGAGAUCGAGGAGGCCGUUGUUUCGGAGGUCGCCUCCGACAGCACUGCUGCUCCACAGCAGGCCAAACCGACAACAGCAGAAGAAACAAAACCGCCGAUUUCCGGCAAAAAGACUUUGGAGAAGCAGACUUCGACAACGUCCUUGGAAGAAGGUUACUAUUAUAUCAACAAAGAGGACGAGCUGGUGGAUGCGCUGACGCUGCCACCCUGCCUGCGCAAGGGCCGCCGCCCCCUGUCGCUGCCCGCCGGAGCGCUGCUGCACCUCUGCCAGAGUGUCAAGAUAGCACAGGAGCUGAACCAGGUGCUGGGUGGAGAGACCAAGGAGUCAGCACCCAAGGAUGAAAAUUCAACAGAUGGUUCACACCACAAGGCUAUUGAUUUGGAGAAGCUGUUUACACCAGCUUCUGACUCAGGAGAAGUCACCCCUUCCCGACACAGGAGAAUGUAUGCAUCAUCCAGCUUUUAUUCCCCAAACCACCCAACAGUUGAAGAUCAAGUGGAGUUAGCCAGGCGCAUAUCAAAUUCUCUCAGUGAUAUUAGCAAUCAACAAAGCAAGGGCCAGUCCAUGUAUGUAAAUCGUAAGAAGAGAUCAGUUAAAUGGAUCCAUGAAGGACAGGGUACAGGCAAGCUCAGUUCCAAUGAAGAAUACUCCGAAACUACUGAUGAGAAGCUGUCAUUCAAAAUACCAAAUGUGGGUCCACAGGAAAUGGUGUUUAAGGAGCCGAGUAAAACACCAUUGAAACUUGUUAUGGAUCCCAGAGGUCAGGUGCAAGAUUUGGCAAGUCUGAGACAACAAGGUUACAACAUUGAAACUGGAGCUCUUAGUCCGGACAUUUGCCUUGAUCUUGUGCGAGAUCUCAAUGCAACAAAAGGGAAAGGUGCUGAGCUCUUUGCAAAGCGACGAAAGAAGUCUGAAAAAUGGGUGGUUGAUGAAACUACUGUGAAGAAGUCCAGCACAAGCAGCACAGUUACUGAUUAUAUUUCUUCAUCAAGCACUCUGCAACGCCAGAGUAGCAUUGGGACUCCUAGUCAGCUGCCACCAAUUGUUCCAUCAUAUUUAGAUACAUCACGUGUGCAACAUGCACAAAAACUGAAUGAGAUACAGGAGCGGUUUACUCUACCAAGGCUUCGCCUUGUGAAAUCUCCAUGGGAAGCUGCUCUGGAGACUGGUUCCGUGGAUGCAGCUUUCCAGGAACUCAAACCACUGCAGUCAUGGAGCUUUUCUAGUGCUCCAACACCAGCUGCCCCUGAGCCAGUUCUGAGUUCAACAUUUGACAGCUACAAAUCAACAACACCACAACCUGUAUCAGCUGAACCAGUAUUUACUCCUCUUACACCCUCUACUGGUGUCAGUCAGCCUCCAAGCCAAAGAGUUUCUGGUCAUGAAAAGGACUUUCUGUACAAACCUAAGGCACCAAGAGGAUGGAGCGGUGCACAACACUCACAGCAAAGUUAUGGUCAGUCCACCACUACCGCUACUACUGAUGCUGCUGCAACUAACAUCUUAGGCACGGAGUCUAGUAUGAUACCUACUGGUAGUACUUUCAGUGCCUCAUCAUCUUAUGCCACUUCAAUGAACAAGGAACAAGUAACAGAAACUGUUUCUUCAGUUCACAACAUAAGUAAGAAAACUGAGAAACAAGUGAAGAAAGAGGAGAAUAGUUUUAUUACUAGAGCUGUUUCUGAAGACACAUCAUCUCUAAAACAAUCUUUAAGUGAAAUAAUCAAGGGUGAGCAAGUUUCUCCAAAUAAAGUGGCUGAGGAAAUGACAAGUGCAAAAUCUACCGAAUUUAUUGAACAAGGUAUAAGAGACGCAGCUACAUUUCCACCAUUGCAGUUCAGACAGUCAUCAUCUGCAAAAGAGACCGCAAAAGAAAAUAUUAUUGAGUACACAAAUAUCCAUAAGCAAUUAGAUACUGCAGAGACUGAGAGUGGUGUGUUGUACGAGUCAAAACAGCCUGUUAGAACUCUUAUAGAAUCAUUUGAGCAGAAUACAAGGCCACCAUUUAAGUAUAAACAGGUUCAGCCAGAAUCACAAAUGGCAGGAAUUUUACAACAGAAGCAAGAAUCAAAGCCACACCCAAGUUGCUAUUACAUUGCAAAUGUUGCAAAUGUGAAAUCACGAACAUUUGAUGUGCCACUACAACAGGGCAUUGAAACAAAAACAGAGGGUGUUUCAUUUUCAUCUCAAAUAACAGAAAAAACGCAUAUCGAAUCAAGCUACGAGCAGAAAUCAGAAAUGCGUACGAGUACUUCUUUUUUCUCACAACAAGGUGCAUCCGCACAGCUCACAGAGCAAAAAACAUCAGUACCAACGAUUCCUAAGGCCCAGCCUCCACAGCACAAGACAGUAUCAUCCACAACCGGAUCUGUCCAGCAGCUUCUAACAAAAACAGCAGUGCCUCCAGCUCCAGUGUACAGUUACGAGCCUUCUAUUGAGAUAGUUCAGGAACAGCCUCCUGCAGCCAGAUUUUCAUUCAAUACGCUGAACAAUUACAACACAGCACCCAGAGGCUGGGGCCAAGGACUUGACUACUACAGACCAGUCACUUUUGCACCUACAAGGAUAGGUUAAAUACCAUGUGCCAUAAUAAACUCAUUUCAUUGAAAUCACCAUGCUGCUCAUAAUUUCCUUUUUUCGAUAAAAAACUUUUUAAAAUGCAAGUUAUAUACACUAUUCACAUCAAAUAUUGUUUAUGUAGUGUACCUGAUGGAAAUGGUUAAAGCAAAACUUGUGAGAUGUGCCAAAUAUUUUGAUGAGUGUUGUACAGUAUUUCAUGUACACCAUGAGUCUUACUUAGUAAAAUACAGAAAAAAAUUAUUACAAUA